UUUUUCUGUCUCGAAAUUGUUUCAAAAUUUAUCCUGGCAAAAGCCAAAAUUUUGUAAAUAUCUAAAUUCAGAAUGCAAAAUGUAGGAAAACUAAUAAACAAAAUUGCCUCUAGUGCGAUUCAAAGGCGAUUAAGUUGUAUAACUUCUAAAUUUGCUAGCACAAAUGACAAAAUGGUGGUAGGGGACUCUAAGGAAAGCAUGCCAAAUGAAAUCCAUAAAUUGAAUGACGGUGAUAAUGAUGACUUGCCUACUAUCAUCGAUAUUGAGGUGGAUCCAUCGUUUUAUGAGGAACUAGGUCUCGCUAUUCCUCCUCACUCAAGUAAUGUUAUCAAUACCGCUAAUAUUCCUGAAGUUGGUACAACACAAAGUGAUGAUAUUGCAUCACCUAAUAAAUUGCAAAGACGAGGCAAUCGUGGUUAUAUAAAAAUUUAUCCUAAUACAGUUGACGCGGACCAGUGGUCCAUGUAUAGAACAGAUAAUGAGGAGGAGUAGUGGAGCUAGCAUGCUGUUGAUGAGGACGUGUGCCGUUGAGAUGGGGUCAUACUUAAACUGGAUUAGAGUUUGCUUGAUAAUCCCACUGAAGUAGUUAAUGACAAGGAACUUUUAGUGUUUACUUCUGAAUUUAUUCUAAAAGAGUUAAUGACAAGGACUAGAGGCGUAAAAUAGAGGAUAUACUUAAUAAUCUGCACUUUUGUUAUUCAAAUCUUUUUUCGCAUAAAUAUCCUAUUUAUUUUAAUAAAUGACAGAUAAUUCAAGUUAAUGUAAAUA